AUGGCCAGCCAACUGACUGGAUGGAUCACCGCUGGCCAGCAGGAUCUUCUCGCUCGAGUGAAUCUGGUAUCAUCUGGUCUUGACGAAGCGCCGGUCGCUUCGAUUGACCUACCACAGGAGACUCAACCGGACGAACCGCAAGAACCAAUUCCACGUUUGUCUGAUCUUGCACAGCUUCUACGACUUGGAAGAUACCAGCGCCGGAAAUGUUUGCAGCUCCAACACAACCUACACUGUGCCUAUUCGGAGGCCGCACGAACCUCUCGUUUACUGCUAAUUUCGCGCUCCGUUCAGCGUACGCUCGGGCAGUGUAUCAAGGCCGAGGACAAGCACAGUUUUGUCAAUUUGCUUAAUGCUUUCCACGAUUCUCUGUCCGGAGGACUUUUGCAUUCGGCCGGACCCGUGCAUGCGACCUCCAAGAGGGACGACGGUUGCGUUGGAUACCCAGCCUGCUUCCUGGAUCGGCUACCAUCGAGUUCUCGGAGUCAGAUUCUGGACUUCAUAUGCAAGGUCAGACAUGACGGCCAUUUCAUUGCUGACCGUCUAGCAUCGCUCUCGCACCGAGAGCUGGAGACCAUUUUGCCAGAAAAAGGCCAGGCCAAAUCCAGUGACUCCAUUUUCGGGUCCUCGCAAAGGAGCAGCUCUCGUGCCUCCAGGCAUCUUGGAUUUGCGGCCGAUACCCAGACGGACCUGUUGGCCUCGCUCGAGUUUGGCAGUGCUUUGGAGACGCUUGUCUAUGCAGUGCGUGGACUGUCCAGCGCUCCCCUUUAUCGCGAUGCCGAACCCACGGACGUUUGGUCUACGGUCUGUGCGAACCUGAUUCUGGAGCAGAAGCAUGGGAGUGAAAAGGUGGUGCCGGCCGUGAUCCAACUAUGGGCCGCUUCUUCCAAGUGGGCAGGAAAGGACCGCCUGAGCAAUUGGAUGGCCGAUUUGAUCCAGCGCGGAACACCUCUGUUGGACCAGACCCAGAAGCAAAGCUUCCGUGUGCGCUCUGGGAUUCGGACCGAGCUUGAUGUUCAAGAAGACAACCGUCUGGAGGCGUUCUACCAGGAGUCCGUGGACUCAUUGCUUGCCUUGUUGGCCGCCUCGACUGACACCGGUGUGUUACCUGAGGGCGCGCUGCUCUUAUGCCAAGAGAUCUGCCGGAAGUUGGAGGCUCACUCUACUCACAAGCAGGCGUUUCCGUACUUCGUGCUUACUCGCUGGCUCUUCCUGUCAUUCCUGCCAGACAUAGCACACGGAAUUUUGACCGACCACUUUAUCUCGGACACUGUCCGUCAACGGCUUCUUCGAGAAGUCACUGCCCGCUGCUCAAGAUCGGUUUAUGGCGUUGUCUACUCGUGGAAGUACGGAGCUCCUGAUUCUACGGAUGUCAGACAGGUCGUCAACACAAUUGCUGGCAAAUUCGACAUCCAGCAGCCAGAGGGAGGAAGAGUGUUCGAUUUCAUCACACCCCCGGUACCUGCUAACGAAGAAGUGGUUGUGCCGCUGACCGCAGCUGAUCUGAACACCCUCGUGACCGCGCUCUACCCUCAACGGGCUCCGGCGAAGGCAUCUUCCGAACGAGAUCCAUCUCGGACAGGGCUACACUCAUCUUCAUCCUCGGUUUCCGGGUUCUCACUUUUCCAGACUCCAGGAACAGCUCCAACGGGCUACACCAGUCCCGCGAGUGGAAAUGCAUACCCUGUUCUGUCGGAGAAGUUUUCGGAUGACCACGUUGUGACGGACUUGUCCAGACUAGAUCCAGGAAUCGUGGAAGGCGAGCAGCUGCGUGAGAUCUGUGCAGCAAUCGAUGAUAUGUCGGCCAGCCAAACACCGACCGGCUCUCAUGAGUGGAGUCUUCUUCGCACGGGUGCUGACGGACUUUCCACCGUACGGCGCAUUCUGUGCGAAGAAGCUCUUGGUUUUGAUGGACCGUCGAGCGACAAUAUGACGAGCACCAUGCAAGGAUCUCCUGAUACUCACAAGUGCAGAGCCGCUGUUGAGGAGCUUCUGAUCGAUGAGGACCUCAAGCAGCAUUGGUCCCCUGACUUGUCCAAGCCAGAACCUCCACUGGACGAGGUGCAGGAGACCAUUAAACGCGCUUUCGUCGAGCGUACUGCCCUUUGUGAUGAUUCAUCCGACUUCAUCUCAGCCCAUACCUGGCACCGCAGGCUUAGGAAGUUUCGCAAGGUUCUAGCGGAUGACAACGACCCGAAACCGUUGUCGAGCUUGCUGACUAGCAUCGAAUCCUUCAAUCGCAGCUCGCUUGACGAAGCUCUGGCUGUAGAGCGGUGGUGCGUCGAACCUCUACGAAAUGUGUCCAGCCUUACCCAGGGUCAGAGCGAGCUGCUGCGCCAGCACACUGAGACCAUGAGCCGGCUUCGAGACAAGAUGUGGUAUGUUGCCGAAGUACGAACAUCUGCCGCUUACGAUGAAGCGCGCUCCGUAGCUUCUGCUCUGAAGGUGAUGGGUAAGGUCAAGCGGCCCACUCGUGCCUUUCCUGCUCCGCCUCUCCGGCACUGGAACGGGUUCAAAGGUCCUGCAGCUAGCUUCCACCUCAAGACCGAGGCGCAGGUUUUGGAGAUACUGAGCGCACCUCCUGGCCACGGUGGGCCGAAUAAACUCAGCGAUGAUCAGUCCAGAGCCCUCUCAGCCUGGCUGGACCGCAAUGCGGUGGAGAAUUUGUGCAAAGGCGAAGAGCGGUUGCAGAGGCUUUGCCUGGAGAUCCGGAAGGCGGUCACUACAAUUACCUCUGACGGCUCAGCGACCUGGUCGAGUAUACUCUUCGCUCGGAGCCAAGUGGCAGACAGCGGAGCACCCAAGAGUCCGUCAUACAGUCCAUUGUUCCAGUCUCGGGGAUAUGCGGGCCGCCAGGACCUCUUCUCGGUGCAGACGAACGUGCCACCCAGCAUCGAUUCUAUCUCAAGCGCGUCUUCACAUCCCCUGUCGGCCAGGAGCUCUCGGGACUAUCUCGAGACUCGCAGUCCAACGCUGACGAACAAGUCUUCUGGUCCAUUCUGGUCUCCAUCGUUGACAGACACGCAGUCUCCUUCUAGCGCUACAAGCAUUGGUUCUUCUUACAUGCAACCGGCUUUCGGGCUUCGCUCCAAUCUGGCGGAUUCGGCGGGAGGCGUAGGCUCUGAGCAAAUGAAGGAGCAGGUCCGCCAACGACUCACGAGCCUUCUGAUCAGUGACCUUACGCUUCCUGCUUUCGCGACUGGCAGCGAGACCGAUCGAGCGUUUUGGAGCGGUCUGGGCGGCGAACUGACUGAGAAGCAUCUUCGAAACGUGCGACUCACUCAAGGUGUGGGCUCACCUGACACGGUGGUGCAAGAUGACUAUCAGUUCGACUACAGCAACGCCUUCUCGAGACUACUGCAGUCAUUCGCGAGCACAUCGAACCCGUUCGAGAAGCUGCGAUACCUUGCGGAUGUCAACACACUCCUCAAGCCCUACAUGGCCGAUCAAGCUGCUGCAUCGCCGCGAAGUCAUCCGAAGCUGCUCAACGGCCUCUCGCUUAACACCAGAGACACAGCUGCCGUGCCAGACAUCAUGGUCGAAGGUUUCCGAAGACUGUUCUCCAACAGCCAACAACGUCCUACAGCCAUAUUCCGCGACCUGCAAUACAUUGCCGCCCUCGUCCCCUCACCAACUCUCUCGGCCACCGAGAGCAAAGCCUUCUGGAACGCCACCAUAGCCAUCCUCCGCCUCAAGCAAGAAGCCACCCAACUCAUGGUCGAGACCGCCGACAGCAUCAUCGCAUACCACUCCAUGAACCGCGGUUCCGGCCGCUCCUCCUCUUCCACCGCCCAACAGGAGCGCGAUUCCGCCACCUUCACCGUACCUAACCGCACCCCGUCCGCCGAGGACAUCGGAAAGUACACCAUGGCCCACGCAGCGGAACUGCUUCAAAUUACGGCCAAAGAAGGCGAUGCGGUCGCGCAGCGAGAGUUGGCGACGCUGUAUCUCACGCAUCCAGAGCUGAUGGACCAUAUCAUCGCACCGUUGUCCAGACCACGGGAUGUUUUCAAGGAGGAGCUGGAGGGCAAGUGGAAGAGGAACCAGGACCCGCACCGCUGCGAUCCGGCGACGAUGUGUGUGGCGCAUCACUGGAUGAGCUUAAGUGCGCUGGGUGGAGAUGCGUUGGCGAAAGAGUAUCUGAGGCAGAGGGAGGAGAUGGAUCGGCUUGGGGAGUAA